AUGAGAAUUGGACAAGAGAAGUUACAAAUGAAGGCAUUGUUGGAGAUUUUAUCAUCAAUGCUCGACUUAACAGCGACAGUGAACGCGAUAACUGUCGCGAGAGAUUUUGUAGAAGACUAUGAAUAUGACGCAAUGCCGGGAACCAAAGAAGUGAAGACUGAACUAGACGAUCCUGUUGAAGGCACUAUAAUGAAACUUAAUCCU